AUGGCUAAAGCACGAGUCAAGAAGCGCACCCAUGUCAAGCCCCAAAAUGCCUCGGCAGCGGCCAAGGCUAAUGCGGCCAUGUCCAAGACUCCCAAGUCCAUGGUCAUCCGCGUUGGCGCUUCGCAGGUCGGAUCCAGCGUGAGCCAGCUGGUUAAGGACGUGCGCACGAUGAUGGAGCCUCAUACCGCCGUGCGAUUGAAGGAACGCAAAUCCAACCGCCUGCGGGACUACACCGUUAUGACCGGUCCCCUCGGUGUCACGCAUCUUGUCCUCUUCUCCAAGUCCCGAACAGGCAACACGAACCUGCGGCUGGCUGUCACUCCGCGCGGGCCCACGCUGCACUUCCAGGUGGAAAACUACUCGCUCUGCAAGGAUGUCGAGCGAGCACUCAAGCGGCCCCAGAGUGGCGGACAGGACCACAAGACGCCGCCGUUGUUGGUCAUGAACAAUUUCAAUUCGCCAGAUGCCACAGAAGACUCAAAGGUCCCUAAACGUCUGGAGACCCUGACGACGACAAUCUUCCAAUCGCUUUUCCCGCCGAUCAACCCGCAAGCCACACCUCUGACCUCCAUCCGCCGUGUGAUGCUGCUGAACCGCGAGCCCGCCGAGUCUGAAGAUGAGGGUUCGUAUAUCCUGAGUCUACGACACUACGCCAUCGCUACGAAGAAGACUGGUGUAUCGAAACGCAUUCGUCGGCUUGAUCCCAAGGAGAUUCGGAAUCGAGACAAGAAGAAGACUGCCGUCCCGAAUUUGGGGAAACUGGAAGAUGCGGCGGACUAUCUACUCGAUCCCUCGGCCGCGGGAUAUACCUCUGCGAGCGAGACCGAACUGGACACAGACGCCGAGGUCGAGGUAGCGGAGAGCACGACCAAAAGGGUGCUCAACAAGCGCGAAAUGCAGCGCCAACGGGCUGGAGAAAAAGACCCAAAGAAAGCUCCGUCUGCGCCGGGGGUGGAGAAACGGGCCGUCAAGCUGGUGGAAUUGGGACCGCGCAUGAAAUUGCGUCUGAUGAAGGUUGAGGAAGAGGUCUGCGAGGGCAAGGUGAUGUGGCAUGAUUUCAUUACGAAGACUGAGGCGGAAGUGAAAUCAUUGGAUAAGAGCUGGGAUAGACGCCGGAAGGAGAAGGAGCAGCGGAAGAAGCAGCAAAAGGAGAAUAUUGAGCGGAAGAAGAAGGACAAGGCGAAGGGGAAGGGAGAGGAGGAAGACGACGAUGUGGAUAUGGAUGAUGAGGAGAAUUGGCUGAGUGAUGAUUUCGAGGAUGAGGAAGAGGAGGAAGAGGAGGAAGAAUGA